AUGGCAAAAGACAGGUCCGUCAAACGCAACGGCCCCCAGAUACCGGAUCAGCCCGGCAUCGACACGUCCAUCCUUUACGGCGGGAAGAAAUCGCCGGAAAUAGAGCGACGACCCGAGAACAGACACGGCCUCCCGCGCGACAUGCCGGGAAAGACCCCUGGCGGCAAGGACCGCCAUCACUGUUCCAGGAAGGGGCACACGAGCGAUUUUCGCUGCGUGAAAAAGGGCUGCAUGAAAAAAUGCCCCGACUGCGGGACCUGGACAUCGAGUCUUAAUGGAUCAAGGUGCAUUCCCUGCAGGGCGCGAGAGACGAGGAGGAUGAGGGACGAGAAGGACGACAGGAUUGAACAGGAGAAGGCCGAUGCAAAGCUCGCUAAGAAGGGAAAACCGACAGCUUCCAAGAGUGGCGUCAUGGCCAAGAUGCUCCUUGCCCCCCAACCUUGCGGCAUCCGCAAGCGAGUCGGCCGCGUCGGCGAGCGUGCGCCCGGCCGCUUCUCCCGAGGUUCGCUGGACUCUGGUCGUCGAUCUCCGAGCCCGUCUCAGCUUUCUGACGAGGAGUCUGCUGGUCAUGACGAGACGGCCACGGAUGAGGACGAAUGGGAGGGUAUUACGGAGGACGUCGAUCACCAGGACUACGUGACAGCAGACGAGGCUCAGUAUCAGCGACGCAUGGAAGAGGAUGCAGCCUUGCAGGACAAGAUUCGUGAGUGUCUCCUGAAGCUUCUGUCGUAG